AUGAUGCUAGGAUAUGAUUCCCCUUGCACCACCAGUGCUCCCUUCAGCUCAUCCCUCCCUCCUGCCCUUGCUUCCCCUUUUACCCGCUCCUUCCCUUUUGUCUUACCAGGAGCAUCGAAAGAGACGACGAGAUGGUUCGAUCAGGAGGCUUUGUCCUCGUCCCUGGCUGCCUCUGCAGGUUCCGAGACGUCUCAACCCUUCCCCCCGUCCCCCCCUCCCCCUUUCCCCCAUGCCAGGAGCAUCGAAAGAGACGACGAGAUGAUGCUAGCCAAUGUCUCGAUGGUGGACGUCAAAGCACAGACACUUCAGGCGCCUAAGAAACAUUCUGGUGUUCCUCUUCUCUCUGUUGCCUUGCUCUUUAUGGCCAACGAAACGCAGCAGCAGGAGCUCGCACCCAUGCUGCUUCCGGCACCGCUUUUUGAGGCGGAUGGAAAUCUCCCACGUUCUCCUGUUCUCAUGUUCUCCUGUUCCCACAUUCUACCCCUCAUCCCAUCUCAGGGCCAACGAAACGCAGCAGCCAGAGCUCGCAACCAUGCUGCCGCCGGCACUCCCCACACUCCUCCUCCCCAUCCGCAUUCCAGCAACCCUACCGCCCCUAACCAUCAUCCCCACGUCUUUACCCAUCAUGCCUUCCACAAUCCUAUCGGCACCCCCAACAUUCCUCCUCCCCAUCCGCAUCCCAGCAACCCCACUAACAGUAGCCACCAUCCCCACGUGUACACCCACAAUGCCACCGCCAACCAUGCCUUUCGCGAUCAGCAUGGAGCUGCCAAUCCGCAUGCCAAUCCGCAUGGCCUUGCCCUUGACCAUUCUCCUGUGCCGCGCAGUCUUGCCAAUCCGCACGGCAACCACAACAACCCAAGUGACCCUGUAUCACCUAGGGCGUAUCCGCAUGUGAAUGGCGAUCCAAGCAGACCCGGGGAUCCCCAGGCGCAUGUGCCACAUGAUGAAGCACAUGACGCACAUCAGUCACAUGAUGAUGAUGCCGCCGCUGCUUAUAGGAGUACGAAACUCAGCUAUGCAUACAGACGCAUGGUCAACGGUGUGGAGCAGGAUGGUAGGGACGGCACAGGUGCCGGGAGGUUCGGCAUCAGGUCCGGUAACAGGUCCGGUAAUAGGUCUGGCACUAGGUCCGGUAUGAGGUCCGGCGUUAGGCCUGUUGACGGGCCUGUAGCAUGGGAAGCAGGCAGUGGUGCUGCUGAUGGUGAGUGUGGUGGUAUUGGUGGUUAUGAGCGGGAUGGUAUGGCUGGUGCUGCUGCACAUGCGUUUGGGGAGGAUGAUGAUGCAUGUGCAGCAGAGGAGGAUGCAUAUGGGGAGGAUGAUGCAUGUGGGGCAGGGGAUGAGGAGGAUGCAUGUGGGGAGGAUGAGGAUGCAUGUGGGGAGGAAGGGGAUGCAUGUGGGGAGGAUGAGGAUGCAUUUGCGAAUGACGACGAUCCAUGCCAAGCCAUGGAUGCACCACCAUCAACCAUCCGCCCUCGCUGCUCCUCGCUCCCACCUCCCUCUGCCCAACCUGCCUCUGUAUCUGUCUUCACUACUGUCCAUGCUAUAGCUGGUGCUACAGCCCUUGCUACAGCCGGUGGUGCCAGGACCCGUCGCGUUUCGUCUGCUGCGACAGCUGCUGGUGCCAGACAUAACACCGAGCAGGGAUCAGCCAGGGAUGGACAGGAGGACUCUUUGCAUCAUCAUCAUCAGCAGCAGCAGCAGCAGCAGCAGCAACAGCAUACUGGUGCUGAAGGUAACACCCCUGAAACUGCAUUCAGUGAACACAACCCAAGCAAACCUGCCCCCACUGGGGAAGCAAGGAGCGGCCAGGAAGGCUUGUUGCAGCAGCAGCAGCGGCAGCAGCAGCAGGAGCAGCAUACCGGGGGGGCUGAAGGCACCACCCCUGAAACUGCCUUCAGUGAACACGCCCCAAGCAGACCUGCUCCCACUGGCGAAGCAAGGAACAGUCACGACGACCAGUCACUCCCUCUUGCUUCACCUCCCGAUGAAUCCAGCAAUGGGUUCAGUGAAAACCCGACUGCUUUCAGUGGGAGCAACGCCAACAGGCAAGAUCCCCCUGCCAGCAGACGAGAGUCACGAGACCACUGGGCUGCUGAAAACACUCAGACCCAAAACCCUACUGCUGUCAGCGGAAACCCCACUGCUUUCAGUGGGAGCAACGCCAACAGGCAAGAUCCCCCUGCCAGCAGACGAGAUUCACAAGACCACUGGGCUGCUGACAACACUCAGACCCAAAACCCUGUUGCUGCCAGUGCAGAAGUUGCUUCUACCAGACGUCCUGUCUCGCACGUGCUCCCAGGAAAUACCCUUCUUCCAGGGAAAGCACUCACCACAGACACCAGUGAGCCCUCUCCACUUCCCCCAUCUGCCUCCCCUGCAAAGGCUGUUCCCUCGCCUUACCCCCUGGCUGGAAAUGCUUUUGCCUCGCCCCUGGGGAUGCCUAACUCUCUUGGAAAUGCAUUUGCCCGUGCUGUUUCUCCUGGGGUCGCGUUUCCCCGGCGUGCCCUUCAUAAGGCAACGAUUAGACUUGUUGGGAUGAAGAGAGAGCGGGAGGAGGAGGGGGAUGAAGUGGGUGUGGCUGUGGGGCCGCUGGUGGGUGGAGGGGGGAGGGUGGCGGAGGUAACUGUAACUGUGUCCGCUGUGCCUAUGAGGAAGUACAUGAGGAAUGGGAGCGGGAGGGAGGGGGGCGGGGAGUGGGGUGGGGAAUGUGAGAGGGAGGAUAGAGGGGAGGAGGAAAGGGAAGAGGGUAUGGAGGAGGGGAGUGAGAAUGGGGAUGAGGAGGGGAGGGAGGAGGGGAGGGAAGAAGGGAGGGAGGAGGGGAGAAGGGAGGAGGAAGGCAGCAAUGAUCAUGAGCUUGGACCAGCAGCAUGGAAACGAGGAGCAGAAGGGGAGGGAGGAGCAGAAGGGGAGGGAGGAGCAGAAGGGGAGGGAGGAGCAAGAGGCAGGGAAGGAGCAGGAGGCGGGUGGGAAGCAGCUGGGGCAGCAGUGUCAGCGGCAGCAGCAGUGUCAACGGCAGCAGCAGCAGCGAGGGUGCCAGCAGCAGCACUAGGAGCAGCACGUGCUGACUUACCUUCUGUCCUUUCCCGGGGGGAUGCUGAUUCAGUAGCAGCUGCCAGUGCGGGUGGGGGUGGGAGGGAUGGGAACUUUACUAGUGAUAGGCUACUGGCAGGUGGUGGGACUGGAGGGGAGGUGAUAGUGAUGACCUCUGGGGAGGUGGGGGCGGAGGGGAGGUUCAUGUGUCUUGCACCUGGGUGUGAGAAGACGUACAAGAACAGAGACAACAUGAACAAACACUUUGCCAAGGUGCACAGCAAGACGGCGCGCCUAUACGAGUGUAACCUGCUGCGAGUGGACGGGUCGUCGUGUGACUUCAAGACGCACGAUGCAGGGAAGAUGAGCAACCACAAGAAGUACAGCCUGGCGCACAACCGCAGAGAGGACUUCAAGCACCCCUGCGAGUCGUGCGGCACUCGCUUCCCUCGAAGGCACGAGCUUGAUAGGCACAGGCCAGCGUGCAAGGGUCCUUCAGCUGCCACUCCCAACCCAACCACAAGCAGCACACACCUAGGGCACGAGCUUGAUAGGCACAAGCCAGCGUGCAAGGGCCCUACCGCUGCCACUCCCAACCAGCAGCAGCAGCAGCAGCAGCAGCAGCAGCAGCAGCAGCAGCAGCAGCAGCAGCAGCAGCAGCAGCAGCAGCAGCAGCAGCAGCAGCAGCAGCAGCAGCAGCAGCAGCAGCAGCAGCAGCAGCAGCAGCAGCAGCAGCAGCAGCAGCAGCAGCAGCAGCAGCAGCAGCAGCAGCAGCAGCAGCAGCAGCAGCAGCAGCAGCAGCAGCAGCAGCAGCAGCAGCAGGUGGAAGAAAGAGGAGGAGGAAGAGGGGAGGCGGGAGGGAGGAUGGACAGAGGUGGCAGGGGGGGAGCUUCGGUUUGGGGUUCGGGAACAGGCGUGGGAACAGGAACGAUGGGGGAAGGCAUGAUGGGGGGAGGAACGAUGGGGGGAACGAUGGGGGGAAACUCAAUGGGGGGAGGCGCAGGGGAGUGGGGUAUGAUGGGGACUGGUGGUGCUGCUGAGUCAAUGAUGAUGAUGAUGAUGAAUGGGGGGGAAGCGGGAGGGGAUGGAGGGAUGGGAGGUGGAGGGAUGGGAGGUGGAGGGAUGGGAGGUGGAGGGAUGGGAGGUGGAGGGAUGGGAGGAGGGACGGGAGGAGGAGGGAUGGGAGGUGGAGGAGGAGGGAUGGGAGGCAUGGCGAGCAUGGGUGGCAUGGGGAGUGGCAUGGGUGAUAUUAAUGCCAUGAAUGGUGGGAACAUAGGUGGUGCCUACAGCAGCACCAUGCCUGAUUACAUGCCGAGCAUGCCGCAACCCAUGCAUUCACCCAUGCAUGCACCCAUGCGUGCAUCCAUGCGUGCUCCCAUGCCCCGUCAUGUGAGCCCCCAUGUGAGCCCUCACAUGGGCCCCUCACACAUGGCAGGUUCUCUCAUGCACGAUGCCAUUCCACCCAUGGAAGGUUUGCCUGCAUUCGAGGGCCAUCCGGGCAUGGAGGAAAACCACCCUAGGAUGGGGGGGGCAUUAGGUCAUCAGGGCAUGGAGGGAAACCACCCUAGGAUGGGGGGGGCAUUAGGCCAUCAGGGCAUGGAGGGGAAUUCCCAUAGGAUGGGGGGUCGGCAGCAUGGGAUCAUGGGAGCAGGGACCGGGGGGAUGGAAGGGACAGGGAUGGGGCAAGGGGUGGGGGAAGGGGUGGGGGAAGGGGGGUAUGCGUUGGGGGAUCAGAUGGGGGGAGGUAUGGGUGGGGGAACGAGGGGUGCGGGCAUGGGUGAAGGCAUGAGGGGGGAUAUGAGGGGUGUUGGCGUGCCCAGAAGAAUGGGGGGUCCCAAGCCUAUAGGCCCAGCAGCAGGAGCAACAGCAGGAGCAGGAGGUGUAGCAGAGAUGGCAGCAGCAGUAACAACAGCACCAAUAGCAGGCCGCCACGUGUCCGGCUCGCAAUCCUCCUUCCGUCCGACCGCACGGCAUGCUUCGUCCGUUCUGCCACCCACCUCCUCCACUCCUCCAUCCAUCCCUCUAUCCUCUACUGUCCCCCCUCCUCCCCCUCCUCCUCCUCCUCCUCCCACCACAUCCCUGGGUUUCUCGGAACAUUCCUCCCGGCUGCAACUCUCCCUCACCUCAAACCCCUCACCCGGACCUUUGUCGGGCUCUGCGUGUGCUCCCAUGCGCGGGGUUCGCUCGGGGCUUGGUGGGGGAGUUGGGGGAGGGUUUGGGGAUAUUGGUGGGGGAGGCGGCGGAGGCGGAGGGUCUUUUGCUGGUGAUGCCUGUGCGCCUACUCUGCUUCCCCUCAACAUCCUAUCCACUCUGCCCUCCGUCGCUCCCCCCGUCCCCCUUCCUUCCCCCGCCCUUCCCCCCACCCGCACCGCUCCCCACUCCCCCACGCUCACCUCAUCCCCCCCUUCCGCCCCGCUUGUUUCCGCUUCCUGCUCGGUCAAAUCUCCGACCGAAACCCAUUGA